UUUCGAUCAUGGAAGUUGGGCCUCUAAGUUCGAGGAGAUUCAAGACCUGAGGGCUUUUCACAGCAUGUUUUGGAGUGAUGGCCCUUAUGCCAAGCCUUGCCUCUUGCUCACCCGCUGAAAGCUGCAUGGGUGUUGUUCGCGAGCUUGGCUCAAGCAGCCCUAAAUCAGACCCCCUCAGCCUGGAAUGGCUGUUUUUCUCAUUUUCGUAUUUGCAUCUCAGAGUCUUCAUCUUGUCCAUGGAAUUCGUGAGAUUGGCGCAGCUGAUGCUCGUCCUUCGCUGCGUUCGGGUGUGGUCGCCGUUGGAACUGCGGAAUCAUCCAUGUCGUACUUCCGACAGUUGUCACAUCGCUUGAAGGUUGAGGCUGAGCAGGAGUCUUCUGAGGAUUGCACACCCGAGUCCAUGAAGAGACACCUCCGCAAUGCCAGCACCGACGACGUAGAAGGGAAGCUUCAUCGCCGGGAGCCUGUGAGUUUCAUCCGGAUCGGUGAUGGUGAUGUGUAUUGCCUCGGUGGUGUGGGUGGAUCGAACUCAGAAGGUGUGAGCUAUUCAAGCCACAAGAGCGCUUGCCAAGACCUGGCCACAUCCUUGCAAGAGCUUGGCGCAGAGGAGGAUGCCAACAUGUACGUGCUGGUUGGCACCUUCUUCUUUUGCAGAAACAAUGUGGGCCCAGAGUUUGGCAGUUUCUUGCAAAGCCACCAGCUGCAUCCGAAGUUCAAGGGCUUCAUCACCUCUGUCUUCUACGUGGAUCUAACUCAUACCGGAAACCCAUCUUCUACAGAUGGCGGGACCGGACGAAUCGUGCCGACAACCCUUCCGGCUCUGGUGGGGCGAAAGGUGGUUGUGGUGGGGCCAAGCCACUUGAAGGUGCUCAGGAAGACUCUGAACUUCGCCAGCUUCAUCGAUGCCACGAAUGCGGCGGAUCACGUGCCACAGAUCGUUGACGCAAUCAAGGAUGAGAGUGCCAAGUGGCCACAAGAGAAUGUGAUUUUCUUGGUGUCCGGUGGCUUCGGCGGACGGCUGGCGAUCCUCAAAGCCUUCAAAGAUGUGGGGCAGAAGGACAGUCUCAUCGACACAGGCGCGAGUCUCGAUGGCUUUGCUGGGGUGGAGAGUCGAGACUUCAACAGCCGUGAGCGCCUCUGUGGCAUGCAGCCGCAGUUCAUGGCACCCGGGCUGUGCUCCUGCAGCGGAACCAAGUGCCAUGCAGACAGAUCUGGCGCUUAG